UUUUGAUUUCUGCAUUUUGCUUUCGACAUCUCCCUCUUUGAAGUAGUAGAGUUACCUCUCAUAGUUUUCACAUACAUUCAUAUGAGUUCAGAGCAUACAUCACAGCAUUAGCAUUUCCAAUGGGAAUAACACAAUGGACUGGAUAAUUAUUACUACACUAUUCUUGUCAGUGCUAAAUAUUGCACUUUGUUUCAAUGUCGAUCCUGUGGCUUGGAAGUCCUGGAGUACCACAGCUGCAGGUUUUGGCUACCAGGUGGUGCAAAGACAGUCAGAUUUGCUUGUCAGUGCUCCCCUGGAACAGUAUUCACAGGAUGGAAGGGGGCAAAUAUAUAAGUGUUCCCUUGGAACCUGCCAAAAUCUACAAGUUCAAGUGCCAAAUUUUGCAGUCAAUAUGUCCCUUGGUUUGACAAUGAUAGCUGACCCCACCACACAAAACACUAUGGUCUGUGGCCCAACCAUCCCUAAGGAUUGCAGAAGUAUCACCAUGUACAACGGUGUGUGCUUUCAGAUAGACCGGUCUAAUCGUCUUGGACCUCCAGUGCCUUCUUCACUUCAAGAGUGUCGAACUGAAGCAGACAUUGCAUUUCUGUUGGACGGUUCAGGCAGCGUAUCCAGUCAAGACUUUCAAACAAUGAAGACUUUUGUGAAAAAUCUGGUCCGCUCGUUCGUGGGAAAAGGCACACAGUUUGCUGUCGCUCAGUAUUCUAGUUCACCUCAUAUCCACUAUUACUUUGAUGACUUUUUCAAAUCUGGAAACUGGAAGUCUAACAUUGAUUACAUAAAUCAAAUGAGGGAGGGAACUUACACAGCUAAGGCCAUCAAAUCCGUGGUCAACAAUGUUUUCACACCACUAAGAGGUUCCAGAUCAAAUGUGAAGAGGAUCCUGAUAGUCAUUACUGAUGGAGCGUCUCAUGACCGAGCUGAAUUGCCACAUGUAGCAAGAUUAGCUGAGCGUGAAAACAUUGUGCGUUUUGCGAUCGGGGUGGGGGCUGCAUUUAAUGAUGUUGGAGCAAGAGGGGAACUGGCUACCAUUGCAUCUUAUCCCUCAAAAAAUCAUGUGUUUCAAGUACAGAGCUUUGAUGCACUUGACGCAAUAAGACAGAAUCUGCAGGACAAAAUAUUUUCUAUUGAAGGGUCUCAGUCCAGUGGAGAGUCACUGAAAAUGGAAAUGGCUCAGGAAGGAUUCAGUGCUGCUUAUAUACCAGGGGGAGUUCAGACGGCUAUUGUUGGUGCCAACCAGUGGAAAGGAGGAUACCUGAAAUACACAAGUCGAGGCCAGAAGCAGAGCUCAUAUGAGCCUACGUCUAUGGAGCCUGACAGUUAUCUGGGUUACUCCAUGGCAGUGGGUAAAACCAAAGAAGGCACAUUGACAAUUGUUGGUGCUCCAAGAUAUCAACACAGAGGAAUUGUGAUGGGAGUUCAAGAAAACGAGAGAAGCCAGACAAUUGAUCCACAUCCAUGGCAGUCUCAGACUGGUGAAUAUUUUGGGGCAGAGGUUUGUGCCAUGGAUGUGGAUCGUGACAGCUACACUGACCUAAUCCUCAUAUCUGCCCCCAUGUACACAGACACUGACAGAGAGGGAAGAGUUUACGUUUGCAGUUUAGUUCGUUUGAAUGUCGAGUGUCACUUUGAGUCUCCGGUAGUUCUGAGAGGGGAUGUAUCUGACAGAGGAAGGUUUGGCUCUUCUCUUGCUGUGCUGCCUGAUCUUAAUGCAGAUGGACUCAGUGAUUUGGCAGUUGGAGCACCUUUGGAGAAUGACGGUCAGGGCAGCAUCUACAUAUUCCUCGGUGAAGGAGGAAGAACAGUCCGUUCUACGUACUCACAGAGGAUUCCUGCAUCUGAAGUAAAGUCAGGACUGAAGUUUUUUGGUAUAUCGAUCAGUCAGUCAUCUUUUGACCAGAGUGUGGACAGCCUGCCUGAUCUGGUGGUGGGUUCAAAGGGCACAGUUGUCUUACUGAGAUCAAAGCCUAUAGUAAUGGUAGAAGUAACAGUGUCAUACAGCCCGAAACAAAUCCCUUCUCAAAACGAUGACUGCACAAAACCACUGGAGAACACAGCUGAAAUCUGCUUUACCAUGUCCAGAGUCUCCACAGUAAACACAGCUCGAGCAACGAUUCGUUAUAAUUUCACACUGGAUGCCACUCGUAAGGUCCCAAACAACAGAGCUUACAUCACUGACAAACAACGUGAGAAGACAGAAUCAUUGGCUAUUAACUUAGGACAGCGACAAUGUUCCAGGGUGAAAUUCUUUAUUGAUGCUUGUCCAGAAGAUGCUCUCAAUUCACUCAGCAAUGAGCUCAGAUUCACCUUUGAUGGUGUGCUCUCUGAUACAAAUCUCAAACCAAGUCUCGCUCAGGACGCUAAAACAACAGCCAUUUACCCUAUAGGGUUUGAGAUCAACUGCGGCACUGACAACAAAUGUGUAGAUAACCUGAAAGUAGAUUUCAACUUCACCAGUUCCUCAGUGGUUAAAGUGGGCAUUGAUGAACUGUUGGAUGUCACCGUAUCAGUGGAGAACAGAGAGGAAAACUCCUACAACAGCCGUGUUAUUCUCACAUACCCAGCUGAGCUGUCCUACAGGAAGUUCACAAGUCUGCAGGGAAGAAUUGAAUGCAACUCUGUGGACAGUGAAGACGGCUUAUCACGAGGAAAGACAGAGUGCACAAUUGACAAGCCUAUUUUCAAGAACAGAGCUAAGGCUUUCUUCACUGUCUCCUAUGGGAUUGAAACCAACAGUCAACUUGAGAGGAGGAUUUUUGUCACGGCUAACGCUACCAGUGGGAAUCAGUAUCAAUCCCCUUCAAGUGAACUUUACAAAAAGGAAUGGAUUGAUGUGAAGUACAGCAUAUUUGUUACAUUUGAAAGUACCCUCAGCUACACCAAUUUCACUUUUGGAAAGAAUAAUUUGCAGAAACCAAUCCAACAAACAAUUGUGGUUACAAAUGACAUCAGAGCGUUGAAUUUCACUGUAGUGAUCAAGGUGCCAGUAAAGCUUGGUGAUAAAGACAUCUGGGUGGAUUCGAACAGUUUGCAGAUUCCAGACUGCCAAAGAGACAGAGAUGAAGAACCUAAUGUCACAGAUUUUGUUGCUCAGAUACAGAAAAAUACAGUAGUGGACUGCUCUGUAGCCAAGUGCAGAGUGUUCAAGUGCACAAGGUUCAUGGGAAGAUCCGAAAGAAAGAACUACAUAAUCUCUGCCAACCUUAGCUCAGGAUGGAUAGAGCAGAUUGGACUUAAGUCUGCCAAGUUCCUUUUGACCAGCACAGCCAGUCUGGAGUACGACAGUAACCAGUUCAUCUUCUUUUCAACAGGGUCUAAUAACAACCCUCCCAUUCGCAAGAUUGAGGCAGAGAUAGAGGUGUAUUCAGAACCAGACUUCACCAAAGAGAUUGUUGGAGGAACGCUAGGAGGGUUGGUUUUACUGGCUGCACUCACUGCUGGCCUGUAUAAGGCUGGAUUUUUCAAGAGUAAAUACAAGGAGAUGAUUAAUGAAGGAGCAGAAGGAGCAGAUCCACAGGCCGAUGGAGCUGCGACCUCACCAGAAGCAUAAAAUCAGUUUAUAUCCCACUGAAACAGACUAUUUCCAAAUCCAGUACAUUCAUAAUAUUUGACUGCUGAUUGCAAAUGACCACAAAACACAAAACUGUACCAACAGAUACAGUGGCUCUGUGAUCACUGGUUGGUGCAUCUGCACCAUUACCACAACUUUUAAUUCACUGAACUGAAAUCACUCACUCAGUAUUUUCUUUAAUGGAGGUUCCAAACCUGGGGGUCAGGACUAAAACAAGGUGUCACUGUAGUGUCUGAUGUUCCAUAUAUGGUUUUUACUCUCUUGGAAUGCCUGAAGCUCCAUGUAUGUCUUUCUAUUCUUUGGGUUCAUGUUUAGGUUAGUAGCCAUGAACAUAUACACAUAAGGAACAGGGAGAGGGCCUUUCCUCUCUUCUCUCUGUUUCUUGGAAAAAGUGAGGUCAUUGAGUGAGAGCCCGAUGUCUCGCUAUAAAUCGUAAAGACGAUUAACAUAUAUAUAUACUGAUGCUGAGAGCUGUUAGGAGAGAGAUCCAUAUUGGCUCGGAUCCUCUCACAAGCUCUCACAGUGCUUGAUUUGAUGCUGGACUCCUUUGCAAUAAACUUCUAUAUGCAAGUAA